UCAUUCUAGUCUUCAAGUAAUUUUUUUUUCAGUACUAAUGGCUUCUUGCAAGUUCUUCUUGUUGGCUUUCUUGGUUGCUUUUGCAUUUUCGAGCAUCGAUGGCGGCCUAGCAGCUCGAAAUCUUCUGCAGAUACCAAAUCUGCCACAACCCAAGUUGUCUCCUAUCCCAACUAUUCUAACACUACCACAGCCAACAAUACCAACUCUGCCUCUGCCUCUGCCUCCACUGCCUAGCAUUCCCACCAUUCCUACUAUCCCAAAGCUUGCAUUUCCUCCAAUCCCGGGCAUCCCUUCUUUUCCAUCUAUUCCAUUCCUAUCUCCCCCACCUGCCACCACCAGCCCUUGAUGUGUCUCUUGUUUUAGGCACUGGAGCCUCAGUUCAAUUACGUAUAUAGUGUUCAGACCUUCUUUACAGAUAUAUUAUUGGAUAAUAUAGCAUACGAUUGUGAUUGUGAUUGUGAUUGUGUUUGAUAUUCUUAUUGUUGUAUUUUGAGUUCUCAUUAUAUGUGAAUUUAAUUUUUACUACUUCUCGUUAAAUGAAGCAUCGUU